UGUUUAACAAGUAUUUACUUAAAAAAAAAAAAAAAAAAUGAAAGGAUUAAAUAAACUUGAAUUAACACUUGCUAUAAUAAAGCCUCAUGUUGUUAAAAAUCCAAUAGUGUUAAAGAAAAUACGUGAGAUUAUUAUAAAUAAUAAUUUUAAAAUUAUAAAAUCUCAAAGAAAAAUUAUGACACCAAAUGAUGCCAAUGCAUUUUAUGCAGAUCACAAAGAAAAAUUUUUUUUCAAUAGACUAUUUACAUUUAUGUGUAGUGGACCAUCUGAUAUUCAUAUUUUAGCAAGAGAAAAUGCCAUUUCCAAAUGGAGACAAAUUAUGGGACCAACAAAAGUUUUUUAUGCUCAAUAUUCACAUCCUCAAAGUAUCAGAGGUAAAUAUGGAUUAACUGAUACUAGAAAUGCCACUCAUGGAUCAGAUUCUCAAGAAUCUGCUGAACGUGAGAUGAAUAUAUUUUUUCAUGAUUUUGAUACUUUAAAAUGGAUCAAAGAAGAAGAAAAUUAUUUUAGAAAUGAAAAAAUUAAAUUAGACACUGAAUUAUUUGUACAUAAAAUUUACGACAACAAUAAUCAUAAUAAUAAUGAUGAUGAUGUUUAA